AUGCUAACCCAAGACGACAUGUACAUUUUGGAGCAUGCCUUUUAUUUUAUUUCAACAAUUUUGCACAAAUCCACCGAUAUAAUACCUGCCAGUUUGGACUUGUGCCUAAAAUACCUGCAGAGGUAUUUGGAGCCCCUACCUAGGGACCACAUUCACGACCCCAAGGUUCAAAUAAGCGCAGUGGGUUUAAUAUGGGUGAACAUUGAACUUGGGGAUGGUAUCAAAAAAAUCAUUAAUACAGGCCUCGUGUAUGUGAUGCUAGACAUAUUAAAUAAAACGGUAUUCCCAGUAAAAAUAGUGAUUCUGGGAGCCCUUGUGGAUUUAUGUGAUACAGGGGCCUGCAUACCUCACCUAAUAACUUGGAGAAAACAUGGAAAAAAACUUUUACCAUUAUUGAUGGAGAUUUUCAGGGAGGAAUCUCUUAAGUUGGGGGUGAAAACUGGACCCAAUGGUGAAAUAGAUGACUUGAAUUAUCCCAUAAUGGGAAGUCAACAAAAACUGGAAAUCAGUUGCAACUGCGAAGAUAGAAAAAUAACAAAUCCUUCAAUAUCAGACAUGCAUGGUAGUUGUAGACCGAAAAUUUACGCUUUAAUACAACUAAUUGAAAAACACCACAAUGAUAUAACAACCAUCUCAAAUGAAACAUAUAGGUUAUACAAUGAAGAACUGUCCACUGAAGACCAAAUUACUAUGAUUGUGGCUGAUAAUUAUUUGGACUUGAAAAUAGCGGAGGCCUGGCAAGAACUGGAAAUGGAAUUAUCGAAAAAAUUCAAAUGUUUCUAUCCCGACAAAUUUUUGAUUCAAACCAUCAACGAGAGAAACAAAAAAUGGAUUUUGCAACUGCAAAUCGCGCAGAAAGAAUGCCUGCGCAGAAAGAAGGAAAAAGAAAUAAUGGAGGAGUUCAAUUUCUACCAAGAACUGAAAGAUUGUCAUCUGCAACCAGCAUUGCAAGCAAUCAAAGAAAUUAAAAGGCAGGCCCGGACUACGGAAAGAAUGUUCCGGCUUUCCGGGAAAUUAACUCAAAAAUAUGAAGUGAAAAAAACUGAGACGCCUUUGCCAGAACCCAGCUCUUACCAUGCCACCUACAUGAAAAAUAUCAAUGUCAAUCCCGUUUUUGGUCAUGAAAUUUCCAUAAACAGCAAGAUAAAACAUGAAAUACCGUGUGUAAGACCUGUUUCCCCAUGUCAGUGCAUUGACAGAAAUUUAUAUUUGGAUUGUGAUGAUGUCUUAUCGGAAAAUUCCGAAAAAUGUUGA